GACCCCAUUACACCUCGACCUAUAAUACACCACAUUAAGCUCAAAAAAACAAACAGAAUCAAAAUGGCAAUUCCUUCCGUUAUGCUAAACUUCUUGUUUCCACCACCACCUUCGUUGUUUGUCUCCACCAUGUCGGUCAUCGGCCUUACGUCGUUAUCGAGUGCAGGGUACAUGGAGAUCAAAGGCAAGCAUAUGCAAUAUUCCAAAUUCUUGAACGUAGGCGUUGUAAAGAAAGAGGAUAAUACAAAGUUAUCAAGUAGGAACGGUAUGCUUUUUUCGUAUACACCCGCGUUUCUCGUGGGCUUGGCUUCUUUACUGGUGUUUCACGAUCAAGAUCUUAGAUUCAUGUUGCUUGCUUCGGCUCUCACCGCUCAUUUCCUCAAAAGGGUACUUGAGGUCCUUUUUCUUCACAAGUAUAGUGGUUCCAUGUUAUUAGAAUCGGCAAUAAUCAUCUCAUUGAGUUAUACCUUUUCCACGGCGACAAUGAUUUAUACUCAAUAUCUAUCCAAAGACUUUCCCGAGCCUUUGGUAGAUCUAAAAUACAUUGGAACUGGGUUGUUUGUAGUCGGAAUAAUCGGAAACUUCUACCACCAUUAUCUUCUCGCUAAUCUGAGGAAGAAUGGGGAAAAAGAGUACAAAAUCCCGCAAGGAGGGAGGAGUUACGCCACCCGGGAAUGGUACCUAUCAAAGUUCGGGGAUAAGUUCCCUAAGAAUGUUAAGGCUUUUAUUCCUUACAUUUUUUAG